GGUGGUAGAUCACCUUUCACAGAAAAUAUUAAAUAAAAACCUUUCACAAUUUACGGAAAGUGAAAUAGGCGCUUCACGAAACAAGGGAGACAUUUUUCACACGAAGUUACAAAAGUUAAUGAAAUUUUGAAACUUUACGUUCUUGUUGUUCGAAACGGUUAGGGCUCGCAAAGCGGUCAAAGCCAGAAAGCAGUCAAGGUAGGUACAUUUUCUUUAUUUUACUUUAAGACUUUUCACCAUUUUUUUUCUUUUUUUUUUCUAUGUGGUUCAAAUUUACCUGAGAAGAUAUAGAGAAAAUCUUCUGAGCCGAAAGAGUAACGCAAAUCCCGUGACGAGUGUGACAUUGUGAAUCACGCAACCUUCUCGGACUAAAAGCAAUUUCUCUAUAAGUUUUCUAAUGCAAAAAGGAAUUUUAAUCCUUAUUUAAAACACCCCGUUUUAAACUCCUUGUUCGUAUUUUGCUGGUUUUCAUUGUCAUGUCAUCAAGAAUUACGAUGGUAACCAUUCGAUGUCUUCGAUAAAUUAGGUCAAGAAUCUGAGAUAUGAUAUGGGGAUAAAUAACCUUGCUAACGUUUAUUAGGUCUGCACAGUUUUUCAUAACUGGGUCAUUGGAGAAAUAUUUCACCCAAAUAGAGCUUUGUAUGGAGACGCGAUGUUAGUAUCCCCUGGACGACCCUUCUUGUAGGGGCAAAAUUUGACUGCCGUAAAGUAGCAAAGACAUCUGUUAUGAGUUUGCUAAAUUAAAACGAAACGUUCACUCAAGAGGUCCGACGCACGCAGGUGACCGGAUACCUGUGCAAUCCUUGAGCCUUUAGCCGCUGUUUUGACAUUUCUGAAAUGAUCUUUUUUUUUUCUGGUGUUGAAAGCUCUGCCCGUUUCUCCAAUGUAGCACCACGAGCAAUUGGCACAAGGAAUUUUGUAUACGACGUUUGUCUGCGAAUCCAGAACAGACUAAAGAGUCCGUUUACAGGUGAGGGACGCAUGGAAAACACCGAAUCCGGAAAAGGAAAAGGAACUGGAACCUGAACCAGCCAUCUUGCCCUAGUGUGGAGAUGAAAAUUCUUCCUAGAGCAAUUAGUAUCAGUAACAUCCUCAAAACAUCUCCAAUUUUGCUAUGCCUGGUUCCGGUUUCCGUUCUGGGUUCUGGGUUCUGGGUUCUGGGUUCCGGAUUCCGGAUUCCGGAUUCCGGAUUCCGGAUUCCGGAUUCCGGAUUCCGGCCAUACUCCCCUUCACAUGCUGGCUAGGACAAAGGACCACUACAACGCAAAGCCUGACGGGAGAGGUGUGAGUAUUACCCGCGAAAGCUGAGUCGAUCAGUCCGCGAGCUGGCUGUGGUCCUCUGUGUACGGAGUUUCGUGGACAAUAUUCUCGCAUGGUUGCCUUUGAGCUCGGAAUAGUGAAAAAAGUUGAUGUUUAGGAGGAAGUGUGGGGACAACAGCAAUGACAUUAGCCAUGCAGACAAGAAGUGCAUCAGACUUUCAAAGAGGUCUUCUCAGGAGAUCUUGCCAAAAUUCAACUUCAAGUCCAAGCAGUCCAGUAGUUGAAGCUGUUGACUUUUGUAGAAGUAUACCAAGGCUUGUUGAGCUUGAAAAACGGCUGUAUUGUCUGGCAAAUGGUGAUGGGAAUUCACAGGAAGUGAUGAAGACUUGCCAGUCACUGUUAUCUGACUGUGACAGUGUAAAUGGUAUCUUCAAUGUAUUUUGUUCCUGCAGUUGGGUAGACAGAUAUCAGGAUCCUGUUAUCUCGCAACUCUUUUAUGAACUUGUCAGCUCACAUGCCACCAGUAAUGGUACAUUAUUACUUACCGAACUGGAAACAGCCUGUGAAGAGUUGCUAAAAGUUCUAACUCAUCUUGGAACUCCAAACACACUGCAAUUUAAUGUAGUUUCUCUGUUGUACAAUCUAAGUAGAUUAAGGUCCCUGCCAUCCUCACACCAAGAAGCUGUACAAAGCUACUUAGAAGAAAUUGCCAGGGCUCUGUGGCCCUAUAGCAAGCCAUCUGCUCCAAAUCUGUGGGCCAAUGAGGCAUUUUGCGAUGCUCAAUGUGAUAUUCUGAAAGCGUGUGGCAAGUUUCUUGAGGAAAAGUGCCCUGUUAACACAGAAAGAACAUUCCAAAUGAUCAUUGGGAAACUGGUCUCUGGAGAUGUUUCGAAGUACUCAAGGUUUCGGUUGUUAGAAAUUAGGGAAUUAAGGUCUUCUGGUUGGAAAGUUUCAGCAGUGUAUCCACUGGAAAGUGAUUUAUCCAGUGGAUUGCGUAAUCCAGCCUUCAAACAUUUGGAGCCAGGUGGACACAUCGAAAUAUCUGGAUUAAUUGUGUUCAGUUACUAA